UUAUCCCUUUCCUAGUCAGAGUCAUCAUCAUGCAAACCUAAAAUCUGAGAAGCGUCCCCCAACGAUCUUUAUCCCUCUUUUAAUUUUUUUUUUUGUUCCCCGUUCGAUCACAUCCGCCGGCAGUGUGGGCUUCGCUUCGGGUUUGCAUGGCUUCCAGAGCAUCGAGCGCGUUGCUGUCGAGAGCCGGCAGGAUGAGGUCCAAGCUCCAAUCCUCGCUCGAGGCGAGCGUCUUGGAGAUCGAGGACGUCUCGCACCAGCACGCCGGCCACGCCGCCGUCCGCGGGAGCGGCGCCGCGGAGACCCAUUUCAACGUCAAGAUCGUGUCCUCCAAGUUCGAGGGGAAGAGCCUCGUGAGCCGCCACCGCCUGGUCUACGACGCGCUCGCCGACGAGCUCCGGUCCGGGCUCCACGCGCUCUCCAUCGUGGCCAAGACCCCACAGGAAGUUGCCCCCAAGUAAAUUAUUAGGUACUGAUCUCGUUGUCUGUGAUGGGUGUUGUUCGACUUGGAAUCUUGAAUUGUUGGAGCCUGGGGCCUACGUUACCUGUUUGACGAAUUGCCUGAACGGGAUGUAACUUGCAAAUCCUCUUUAAAUGGUAUUGCAUUGUGAUUUAUAGGUUGAA